AUGGACAAGUUCAAGGAAAAAAUUGCCUCGAUCCGCGCUGAAGCCGAUACCGCCCUUGCCCGCGCUGAGGGUGCUGAGACCGACCUUGCUGCCAGCAAGGCCGAGGUUUCUGCCAAGGAGCAGGAGGCCAUCUCCCUCAACAACCGUAUCACCCUCCUUGAGCAGCAGCUCGAGAAGGCCGAGACCGAGGGUGGCGAUGCCAAGAUCAAGCUCCGCGAGCACGAGUUGAAGGUUGAGGACCUUGAGCGCAAGGUCAAGACCCUCGAGAAGGAGAACGACACCUUGGAGACCAAGCUCGAGGAGACGACCGAGAAGCUCAACAAGGCCAAGUCCGAGUUGGACGAGACCUUGAAGGCCAUGGACGAGAUGUAA